UCGACUGCCCUCCAGCACCACUGAUGGGGGCUGGGAAAGGGAGCAGCAGUGGGGCUGUGUGAGAAGACUAGAGGCCCUGACCUGGCCUGGGGGGAGGGGAGGGUCCCCAUAGGGACUGAGGCACCUGAGCAGAUCCUGUAGGGGGAGAAUGACUCCGUGGAGUUGAUGAAGGUGGUGAAGUUGACUGAGCAGAGGUACAGCGUGUGCGUGCCCAGGUGGGAGGCAGGAAACAGCAUGGCCGUGAUUAUUCAUUCAACAGCUAUUUAUUGUCUACAGUGGUUAAGAGCUGGGCUGCUGUCUUCCUCAUCUAGUGCUGCUAUAACAGAAAUACCACAAGUGGAUGGCUUUAACAAAGAGAAAUUAAUUUUCUCACGGUCUAGUAGGCUAGAAGUCCAAAUUCAGGGCAUCAGCUCCAGGGUAAGGCUUUCUCUCUGUUAGCUCUGGAGGAAGGUCUUUAUGGUCAAUCUUCCCGUGGUCUAGGAGCUCUGCUCCCAGGGCUUCUUUCUUGGUGGCGUGAGGUCCCCAACUCUCUGCUUGCUUCCCGUUCCGUUUUAAUCUCUUGAGAGAGAAAAGGAGGUACAGGCCACACCCCACAGAAACUCCCUUUACGUUGGAUCAGGAAUGUGACAAUCCCACCCUAAUCCUCUUUAACAUAAAAUUACAAUCACAAAAUGGAGGACAACCACACAAUACUGGGAAUCAUGGCCUAACCAAAUUAAAACACAUUUUUUUGGAGGUGUAAUUCAGCUGCGAAGCAAAAGGUGGGCAGUUCGAAUUCACCAGCUGCUCCUUGGAAAUCCUAUGGGGUGGUUCUACCAUGUCCUAUAAGGUCGCUAUAAAUAGGGAUCCACUUGACAGCGAUGGAUUUGGUUUUGGUUUUUAUGUGCCAGGGGGAGCCCUAGUGGCACAGUGAUGCUGCUAACCAAAAGGCUGGCAGUUUGAAUCCACCAGCCGCUCCCUGGAAACCCUAUGGGGCAGUUCGUCUCUGUCCUGUAGGGUGGCUGUGAGUCGACUCGACAGCAAUGGCGGAGAGGCAUGCUGGCUGCCCCUGCGUCACAGCCUCGAUGGACGACAUCUAUUUUGAGCAUACCAUUAGUGUUGGACAAGUGGUGAAUAUCAAGGCCAAGGUGAACCGGGCCUUCAACUCCAGCAUGGAGGUGGGGAUCCAGGUGACUUCCGAGGACCUGUGCUCUGAGAAGCAAUGGAGUGUGUGCAAGGCCUUGGCCACCUUUGUGGCCCACCGGGAGCUCUCCAAGGUGAAACUGAAGCAGACCACGCCUCAGACAGAGGAGGAGAAGAUGGAGCACAGCGUGGCUGCCGAGCGCCGGCGCAUGCGGCUGGUCUAUGCGGACACUAUCAAGGACCUCCUAGCCAACUUCCCCAUUCAGGAUGAUCUGGAGAGGAGAGACUGCAGCCACAUGGUGCCAGCUGAGAAGACCCGAGUGGAGAGCGUGGAGCUGGUCCUACCCCCCCACGCCAAUCACCAGGGCAAUACCUUUGGUGGCCAGAUCAUGGCCUGGAUGGAGAACGUGGCCACCAUUGCAGCCAGCCGGCUGUGCUACGCCCAUCCUACGCUGAAGGCCAUUGAGAUGUUCCACUUCCGGGGCCCAUCCCAGGUGGGGGACCGCUUGGUGCUCAAGGCCAUUGUGAACAACGCCUUCAAGCAUAGCAUGGAGGUGGGUGUGUGCGUGGAGGCCUACCGCCAGGGGGCCGAGACGCACCGGCGACACAUCAACAGCGCCUUCAUGACCUUCGUGGUCCUGGAUGCAGAUGACCAGCCCCAGAAGCUUCCCUGGAUUCGGCCCCAGCCUGGGGAUGGUGAGCGGCGGUACCGAGAGGCCAGUGCCAGGAAGAAGAUCCGCCUGGACAGGAAGUACAUUGUGUCCUGUAAGCAAACGGAGGUGCCCCUCUCUGUGCCCUGGGACCCCAGCAACCAGGUGUACCUGAGCUACAACAACGUCUCCUCCCUGAAGAUGCUCAUGGCCAAGGACAACUGGGCACUGUCCUCGGAGAUCAAUGAGGUGCGCCUGUACACCCUGGAGGAUGACAAGUUCCUCUCCUUCCAUGUGGAAAUGGUGGUGUGUGUGGAUGCGGCCCAGGCCUUCCUGCUGCUCUCUGACCUGCACCGGAGGCCGGAGUGGGACAAACACUACCGGAAUGUGGAGCUAGUGCAGCAGGUGGACGAGGACGAUGGCAUCUACCACGUCAUCAGCCCUGCCCUUGGCAGUGACACCAAGCCCCACGACUUUGUGAUCCUGGCCUCACGGCGGAAGCCUUGCGACAACGGGGACCCAUAUAUCAUUGCGCUGAGGUCAGUCACCCUGCCCACACAUUCUGAGACGCCAGAGUACAAGCGUGGGGAGACCCUCUGCUCGGGCUUCUGCCUCUGGCGCGAGGGGGACCAGUUGACCAAGGUAUCCUACUACAACCAGGCCACCACCGGCGUUCUCAACUACGUGACCACCAAUGUGGCCGGCCUCUCCUCUGAGUUCUACACCACCUGCAAGGCUUGUGAGCAGUUCCUCUUGGACAACCGCAAUGACUUGGCCCCCAGCCUCCAGGCCCUCUAGGCGUCUCAGUGCCCAUUCACCUCCAUACUGCCCCGAGGACACACACGCGGAGCAUGAAUGAAGGCAGAGGCAUUUAUUCCUUCCUGGUCUCCCAUAGGAAGCCUUGACCCUGGGGUCUGCUGGCCUAGCAGCCCUGGGUGGUCAGUUUCUGCCAGCGUCUGCCAGCAAGUCCUUGCGGAAAUCUUGGGGCAGUCUGUAGUAGACCCGGGUUCUGUCCACGGCCCUGGCUGCCAGCAGCCCUGCCCGCCCAACUGCAUAGCUGCCCUCGGCUGGGUUGUGCUCUACUGUGAUGGUGGCUCGGGGGGAGACUGCCAGCAACCUUGUCACAACUCCAGGCAUGCUCUGGCCCAGAGGCUUUGCCUGUAGCUGGAAGGACAUGGGUUGCCAGAGCCCUUGGCACAGGUCCAGCAUAUCUGUGAGCAGCUGUUCCCUGUAGCCACCGCCCAGCACCUCCUCAGGCCAGCCUGGGGCCACCGUCACGUGGGGGAACACCUCAGCCACGGCUGCAAGAAACUCCCUGCCAGCCACGUGGCCAGGGACCGAAAAACUCGCAUGGGAGAGUGUGGCCCCGACCCACACAGGCCGAGACAGGUGGCCCAGGGUAGAGAGGCGGGCCAGCAUGGCCAGGGAUGGCCGGAGGGCUGUGGGCUCUGCUAUGUGCAAGUGGACACCCCAGCGUCCAGGGCGUGUGGCAAGC